UCGGUGCGGCCCGGCCCACCGCGGCUGGGAAUGGGACGGGGGAGCAGCGGGAACAACGGGAAAAACGGGAACAGCGGGAGCAGCUGACGUUUCCCGCGCCCCGGGGAGGACGGAGCCCAGCCCAGACCAGCCCACCACCACCACCACCCCCCGGCUGAUGCCCGUGCAAUCAUGGUGGAAAUUAAGAAGAUCUGCUGCAUUGGGGCCGGCUAUGUAGGAGGACCCACCUGCAGCGUCAUUGCCCAAAUGUGCCCCAAAAUCCAGGUGACUGUCGUUGAUGUCAACGAAUCCAGAAUCAACGCGUGGAACUCCAGCACGCUCCCCAUUUAUGAGCCAGGACUGAAGGAAGUGGUAGAAUCCUGUCGAGGGAAGAAUCUCUUCUUCUCUACCAACAUUGACGAUGCCAUUAAAGAGGCCGACCUUGUAUUCAUCUCAGUUAACACCCCAACAAAAACUUACGGGAUGGGGAAAGGCCGGGCCGCCGAUCUGAAGUACAUCGAAGCGUGCGCCCGGCGGAUCGUGCAAAACGCCAACGGCUACAAGAUCGUGACGGAGAAAAGCACGGUCCCGGUACGGGCGGCCGAGAGCAUCCGCCGGAUAUUUGACGCCAACACCAAACCCAACUUGAACCUGCAGGUGCUGUCCAAUCCCGAAUUCUUGGCGGAAGGGACAGCCAUUAAGGAUUUGAAGAACCCGGAUCGAGUACUGAUCGGCGGCGACGAGACCCCGGAGGGACAGAAAGCAGUCCGUGCCCUUAGUGCCGUCUACGAACACUGGGUUCCCAAAGAAAAGAUCCUCACGACCAACACCUGGUCUUCAGAGCUUUCCAAACUGGCAGCAAAUGCUUUUCUGGCCCAGAGGAUCAGCAGUAUUAACUCUAUCAGCGCCUUGUGCGAGGCUACGGGCGCUGACGUGGAAGAAGUGGCAACAGCCAUCGGGAUGGAUCAGAGGAUCGGGAAUAAGUUUCUGAAAGCCAGUGUCGGGUUCGGCGGGAGCUGUUUUCAGAAAGACGUCCUGAACUUGGUUUAUCUCUGUGAGGCGCUGAACCUGCCGGAGGUAGCGCGUUAUUGGCAACAGGUGAUAGACAUGAACGACUACCAAAGAAGGAGGUUUGCAUCUAGGAUCAUAGACAGCCUGUUCAACACAGUCACGGACAAGAAGAUCGCUAUUUUGGGAUUUGCCUUCAAAAAGGACACCGGAGACACAAGGGAGUCGUCCAGCAUCUACAUCAGCAAGUACUUGAUGGACGAGGGCGCUCACCUCCACAUCUAUGACCCCAAAGUGCCCCGGGAACAGAUCGUGGUGGAUCUGUCGCACCCCGGCGUCUCCGAAGACGACCAAGUGGCUCGCCUGGUGACCAUCUCAAAGGAUCCCUACGAAGCUUGCGACGGGGCCCACGCCGUAGUCAUCUGCACCGAGUGGGAUAUGUUUAAGGAGCUGGAUUAUGAACGCAUCCACAAAAAGAUGCUGAAGCCGGCCUUCAUUUUCGACGGCAGACGGGUCCUGGAUGGACUUCACAAUGAGCUCCAGGCCAUUGGCUUCCAGAUUGAAACGAUCGGCAAGAAGGUGUCGUCAAAAAGAAUUCCCUACGCUCCUUCAGGUGAAAUUCCCAAGUUCAGCCUUCAAGACCCGCCGAACAAGAAACCCAGAGUGUAGGGCUUAUCAAGAGCACCUCAAUGUGUCUGGUCUGUACGACGGGAUCGUGAAUUCCUCCCUGUCCCCUCCACGCCCACCUCCAUUAGGUAGCAAAAACCACGCGCUUUAGGGAGGCUAUUUUCGAGUCGUUAACCCACCUUUUCCCUAGCUGUGGCAGCAGACGCAGUAGUUCUUUCUAUAUCUAGUCUCUUUUCUAUUUUUAUAAUUCCGUUCAAUUAUCGAGACAGAGGGCGAGCCCUAGUGAUUUUUAAUGGUCUUUUUAAAAAAUAAAAGUGCAACUCUUUGCUUUCGAAAAA